CAGUACUGAUGUUGUGGAUUCUGUUUCCACAGGAAAACACUAUGGUGUGUACAGCUGCGAGGGAUGCAAAGGCUUCUUCAAGAGGACCGUCCGUAAAGAUCUUACCUACACUUGUCGAGACAGCAAGGAGUGCCUGAUUGACAAGCGCCAGCGAAACCGCUGUCAAUACUGUCGCUACCAGAAGUGCCUGGCCAUGGGCAUGAAGAGAGAAGCGGUGCAGGAAGAGCGGCAGCGUGGAAGGGAGCGGGGGGAAAACGAGGUGGAGUCUACCAGCAGUUUCAAUGAGGAAAUGCCCGUGGACAAGAUCCUGGACGCUGAGCUGGCUGUGGAGCCCAAAACAGAGACGUACAGCGACGGCAGCCCCAGCAACUCAACCAACGACCCUGUCACCAAUAUCUGCCAGGCAGCAGACAAGCAGCUCUUCACCUUGGUGGAGUGGGCCAAAAGGAUCCCGCACUUCUCCGAACUCCCCCUCGACGACCAGGUCAUCCUACUACGAGCAGGUAGACACACACGACAUGAAU